CAUCACACUGUAGCAGUAGAAUCUCAAAAGCUUCACCGCCUCAGCAUUUCUCCUGCCCUUUGCGUCCCUCAUUUUCCUCCGAAAAUUUUUCACAGGCCAUGAUUUCCGUGCGAGGACUGAAGUAAAAGCCCUAGCAUUCUCUGAUCGUCCUAGGACAAAAAAAUUUAUGGACUAAGAUUUUCAUGCAGUUAUAAUUAUGGCACAUGAUACACGAUCUAGUCGGAAAAUGAAGGAUGAUGAGGAUAGUAAGUCAAAAGGGAGGCAAAUCAGCAGUAAAGGAUCAAGUACUUCAGGUUCUGGAGCAUCGGAUACAUCUGGAUUAAGGAGGUCUGCUAGAGAAACAUCGUUGAAGAAAAACAUAACUUUGAGCCCUUCUAUUACUAGGAAGUCUGAAAGACUUGGUAAAAAAAUUUCUGAAAGACUCGGUAAAAAAAUUUCUGAAACUCCUCCAUUCAAGAGGAAAUCCGAGAGAUUUGAGAAGAAGUUGACUCCAACUCCACUGAGGAUUUCUGAUAGAGUCAAGAAUCACUCAUCAAAUUCUUCUGGGUCUAAAAAAUCAGAGAAAAGCUCAGGUUCAUCAUUGAUGAAGCGGAAAAGGGAACAAAAAGAGAAGAAUGUAAAAGAAUUGACAGAGGCAACUCGAGAAGUUAGCAAAAGUGUAGGAUCUGGCCGUGUGAAGAACAAAAUAAGAAAUGCUCAAGCUUAUAAGGCAUUUUUCAUGAAACAAAGAAAGAAGCUUAGAGCACAAGGACAUAGCAAGGAGCAGAGCAGGCACAAUAAAGUUUCUGAGGGUGGCGGCAAUGAUUGUGGAGGCAUGGUUGAUGGGCUUGGUAAAGGCGUUGAAGCAGUGGAAUCUGAUUCCACUGUAAAUAAAUUUCCAAACGAAACAGUGGAAGAUAAUCAGGGAGGGGACUUGUCCCACUCAAGCCGAAGGCCUAGCUGCAUGGAGGAAGCUUCUGAGUUUGGAAAUGGCGAUGGCUUAGAAAUUUGUGGUCAACAACCACUGGCAUCGUCCUAUAAUGCCACGACAAAAGAGGUCAGUGAUGCACCUGCAAGGGUACAUGUGUAUUGCCUUGGUGAGGAACAUUUGAAGAUGCCAGAGUUGAUAGGUCCUACAGUCAAUGGAAGUGUAGAUGAUCUCCACAUGAGCUUGAAAACGGGUCAUUGUGUUACACUCUCAAAGAGAAAAAGGAACAUGGAGGAUGAGGGUUCUGAUUCUUCUGCAGUUAAUGGAAGUAAAGAUGUCUGCACCUUGAUUGCUGAUGCCGUCUCCUCAUUGCCAUCUAGGUCCACAAUGGAUGCUCCUGUUGGAACUUGCGGUGCAUGUUUGAAACGACAAAGGGUGGAAAAUGAUCCAACGAAGCUGGAGAUUUACUCUUGCAGCACAAAAUUAAAUCAGGAGUUAUGUAGUACAUCAGCAACUGAGGUGCAUCCGUAUAGGGGAGAACUCAUAGCUGAUAGUGCGACAGAUGUUCCUGAAAAGCUUAAUGGUAUGCAGCAAAAGGACUUUUCUGUAGAAUUUCAAACAAAUGGCGACCAAAAUACAUGCCUCAUCUGUUCUCUUGGUGGGAAGCUCUUGUGCUGUAAUGGAAGAGGAUGCAGGACAAGCUACCAUCUUUCUUGUCUAGAUUCUCCUAUGGAUGAUGUUCCUCUUGGACUUUGGUACUGUCCCAUGUGUGUUAGAAAAAAGUUAGUAUCUGGUAUAUAUUCGGUGUCAGAGGGAAUAGAGUCAAUCUGGGAUGCUAGAGAAGUAGAGGUAUCUGAUGUUGAUGGAUUGCAAAAGAGGGAGGAGUUCUUUGUUAAAUACAAAGGUCUUGCUCAUAUUCACAACCAAUGGGUACCAAGAAGUAGAGUUCUUCUUGAAGCUCCUACCCUUGUGGCAAUGUUCAACCGAAAUAACCAGGUCACAAGGUGGAGGAAAGAGUGGACAGUUCCACAUCGGCUGCUACAAAGGAGAUCAUUAAUGUCUCCCAAGCAGCGUGAAAACUAUCUCGGGGAACAAAUUGGUGAUAACUUAUUUUGUCAGUAUGAAUGGCUUGUGAAAUGGCACGGUCUUGAUUAUGACGAUGCUACUUGGGAGUUAGAGAAUGCUGCAUCCUUUGAUUCACCUGAGGGUCAGGGCCUUAUAAGAGAUUAUGAAAGGCGCCGGCAGAGGGUGAAGAAGUCCUCUGAAAUGGAUAAGGUGCCAAAGAUACUUGAAAGCAAAAAGUCUUUAACAGUGAAUUUAUCAGAACUGCUUGCUGGAGAUUCAUCCAGAUUUGAUAAUUCAUGUCUAGAGAACAUUAACAAGCUACGCGAGCUGUGGCACAAGGGUGAGAAUGCUGUUGUUGUUGAUGAUAAGGAACGAAUUGCGAAGGUUAUUGCAUUUAUUCGAUAUUUGCAGUCUGAUGCCUAUCAACCUUUUCUGAUCAUCUCAACUCCUUCUACACUUUGUUAUUGGGAGGAUGAGUUCUCCCGUUUGGCACCAUCUAUGAAUGUUGUGGUUUACAGUGGAAAUAAAGAUUUACGUAGAAGUAUUAGGUCAAUAGAGUUUGAUGAGGCUGGUGGCAUUUUUCAAGUACUUGUUACUCACCAGAGGCUAUUAUUGAGGUAUCUUUUUCGCUGA